AUGUCCUUGGAGAAAAAUCCAGUGUGCCGGUCCAACAAAAGCCCCUGGGUCUGUUUGACUUGUUCAAGUGUCCACUGUGGAAGGUAUGUGAAUGGCCAUGCAAAAAAACAUUAUGAAGAUGCACAAAUACCCUUAACCAACCAUAAGAAAUCAGAAAAGCAAGAAAAAGCUCAGCACACAGUGUGUAUGGAUUGCAGUAGCUACAGUACCUACUGUUAUCGCUGUGAUGAUUUUGUGAUUAAUGACACCAAGCUGGGACUGGUACAGAAAGUCAGAGAACACUUACAGAACUUGGAAAACUCAGCUUUCACAGCUGACAGGCAUAGGAAAAGAAAACUUUUGGAAAACUCAUCACUGAACAGCAAGUUACUAAAAGUAAAUGGAAGCACCACUGCCAUUUGUGCCACAGGCCUUCGGAAUUUGGGGAACACGUGUUUCAUGAACGCCAUCCUUCAGUCACUCAGUAACAUUGAGCAGUUUUGCUGUUAUUUCAAAGAGCUGCCUGCUGUGGAGUUAAGGAAUGGGAAGACAGCAGGAAGGCGAACGUACCAUACCAGGAGCCAGGGGGACAACAACGUGUCUUUGGUGGAAGAGUUUAGAAAGACACUCUGUGCAUUAUGGCAAGGUAGCCAGACUGCAUUUAGCCCAGAGUCCUUAUUUUAUGUUGUUUGGAAGAUUAUGCCGAAUUUUAGGGGCUAUCAGCAGCAGGACGCUCAUGAGUUCAUGCGCUACCUGUUAGACCACCUGCACUUGGAACUCCAGGGCGGUUUCAACGGUAUUUCCCGCUCAUCAAUUCUGCAGGAGAAUUCUCCUCUGUCUGCAAGUAACAAAUGUUGCAUAAAUGGAGCAUCUACAGUUGUCACGGCUAUAUUCGGAGGCAUUCUCCAAAAUGAGGUUAACUGCCUCAUAUGUGGGACAGAAUCUAGAAAGUUUGAUCCAUUCCUAGACCUUUCAUUAGAUAUUCCAAGUCAGUUCAGAAAUAAGCGCUCUAAGAAUCAAGAAAAUGGACCAGUUUGUUCAUUACGAGAUUGUCUUCGCAGUUUUACCGACUUAGAAGAACUUGAUGAGACAGAGUUAUACAUGUGCCACAAGUGCAAGAAGAAACAAAAGUCCACUAAAAAGUUUUGGAUUCAGAAACUACCCAAGGUGCUAUGCUUACAUUUGAAAAGAUUUCAUUGGACGGCAUAUUUAAGAAACAAAGUUGAUACAUAUGUAGAAUUUCCCCUGAGAGGCCUAGACAUGAAAUGCUACUUACUAGAGCCUGAGAACAGUGGCCCGGAGAACUGCCUCUAUGACCUUGCUGCUGUGGUGGUGCACCAUGGUUCCGGGGUCGGUUCUGGACAUUACACAGCAUAUGCAACUCACGAAGGUCGCUGGUUCCAUUUCAAUGACAGUACUGUAACACUGACUGAUGAAGACACCGUUGUGAAGGCCAAGGCCUACAUCCUUUUUUAUGUGGAACGCCAGGCCAAAGCUGGGUCGGAUAAACUUUAAUACCUCCUCCAAAUCAUUAUUCGUCAACUAUACCGGACAGACAUUUCCAAUUUUCCAUAAAUACUUGAUCCAAGAUUUAAUUUCAUUAUGCACUUUUCAGUUUCCUAUUUUGGGUUUAGUUUUAUUUUGUCAAUGGUAGUGACUUAUUGAACAUGGGCACCAACUAAUUCUUUUUUUUAGUUCUACCAGAAAACCUCAGCAGAUAUUUUGAUUUGCUGCUUUAGUUGUAAUAAUUCAGUUUUUAUAUGUAGUUUCAAGAACUUAGUUCUAUUUGACUUUUUUAUAUUAAUGUUCAGUUCUCACUUUGAGGCACAUUUACAUCAAUGCAUUGUUACUCUCACAUGCUGAAAGGAAGAUACGUUCCUGAUCGUGAAGAGCAACGUAACCACCUGCUGCCUUCUCACAGCU